AUGGCGGAUACCAAACAAGAACAAACAGACUACUCAGCCUGGAGUAACACCAGCCUGAUCGCCCGAAUCACCGAGCUAGAGCGCCAACUCCACUCCCAAACAACUGAGUUCAAAGCGCCAACAGAAGCCCCGUCGCAGACACCCCGCCAUCCUCAAGCGCCCAUCUCUACCGACGUCCGCGAACCUGACAUCCCACACCCCGAAACCUCCAACCUGUCCAAGAAGCGACCCCUUUCCCCCCCGGAAGGCGAUAUCACACACACUCCCGCGCCUUCACGGGUCCACAAGAACGAUCGCAGCUUCGAUCCCUCCAAAUACUCGACGCGGUACAUUGCGCUCAAGUUUGCAUACCUCGGUCAGCGAUACAAUGGACUUGAGCAUACAAAUGGCAAUGUAACACCGCUGCCUACAAUCGAAGAGGUUAUGUGGAAGGCUUUGCGGCGCACACGUCUGAUCUUCCCCGAAAUUACGGAUGGCAAUGAGCCAGACGAUGUCGAGCCCCGGGCUUUGCGGCCUUACCACCUUUACUGGGAUGGAUGUGAAUACUCCAAGGCAGGACGUACGGAUCGGGGAGUGAGCGCCUUCGGACAAGUUAUUGGGUUGAGGGUCCGUAGCUCACGACCGAAACCUAAGCCCUCCGCCGAGGGCGAUGAUGCGAUGCAGAUUGAUUCAGGGUCUGGUGGAAAGCAGUGGGAUGAUAUUGCUGAUGAGACGAAUUAUGUACAAGUACUGAACAGAGUGCUUCCGGAAGAUAUCCGUGUUUUGGCUUGGUGCCCUAACCCACCUGAAGGGUUCAAUGCUCGCUUCUCUUGCCGCGAACGUCGAUACAGGUAUUUUUUCACCAAUCCUGCUUUCUCUCCGACGCCUGGGGCCCCUGGGUUCGAGAACCGCGCACAAAACGGAAAGGGGCCGCGUGCUCAGUACCGUGAGGGCUGGCUUGAUAUCGACGCUAUGCGCGAAGCAGCUAAGUAUUUCGAGGGCAAUCAUGAUUUCCGGAACUUCUGCAAGCUGGACACCAGCAAGCAGAUUGAGAACUUUGAACGCGUUAUCUUCCACUCCGAUAUUGAGGUUGUCAACCCCAAGACUAACCCUGUGGGUUAUGUUGGACAACCCGGGUUCCAGGCCAAAGCGGUUUCGACUGCUGAAGCGGAUUUGACGCCUCCUUCGACGACCACCCAGAACACUCCUCUUGUGUACUCUUUCACUCUCCACGGUUCUGCCUUUUUGUGGCACCAAGUGCGGCACAUGGUCGCGAUUUUGUUCCUGGUGGGACAAGGACUCGAGUCUCCAUCUAUUGUGCCUGAACUAUUGGAUAUUCAGAAAAAUCCCCGAAAGCCAACCUAUGAAAUGGCUGAUGAUGCUCCUCUUGUCCUUUGGGACUGUAUCUUCCCCGAUGAGAACUCGGGUAACCGUGUAGAUGCCAUGGAUUGGAUCUAUGCUGGCGACACCCGCGGUAACAACAACACGACCGCCAAGGGCGAUAGCAAGUUCGGUAUGCGGGGAGCCGUUGAAAAAUUGUGGUCGGUUUGGAGACAGCGCAAGAUCGAUGAAAUCCUAGCGGGUGCUCUCCUGGACCUGACUGUCAGCCAAGGUGACCAAAGUGCUGCGCAGAACACUGGCAGCGAAUCAUUAAAUCAUGGCCCCAAGAAGUCAAACAAGGGCGCAAAGAUCUGGGUUGGGGGAAAUGAGACUCGUCCCCACGGAAAAUAUGUCCCCGUCAACGAGAAAGGCAGGAUGGAUACCGUGGAGAUUCAAAAUGCCCGAGGACUUGUGUCAAAGCAGCGCAAGCUGGCAAACAAGGAAGAGGCUGCGGCAAAGUUGGCCCAAGCCUAA